AUGCUUCUCCUCGACUACCAAAACGUCCUGAUCCAAUCGGUUCUGACCGAGCGGUUCUCUGGUGCCCCGCCCGCGUCCAUUGACCAGACCAUCUCCGACUUCGACGGUGUCACCUUUCACAUCUCUACUCCGGAAAGCAAGACCAAGAUCCUGCUCUCUGUUCAAAUACGGUGCUUUAAGGAUUUGGUCCAGUAUGGCGCGGAGCAGGUCCUUCAACGGGAAUACGGCGAUUACGUUGCGCCGGUCGAGACGGGCUAUGACUUCUCUGUCCUGAUUGACUUGGAGCAGCUGCCCGCCGAGAAGGAGGAGCGCGACGCCCUGGCCAUGAAGUUUGCCUUGCUCAAGCGCAAUGCCAUGGCAGCCCCCUUCGAGCAAGCAUACGAGGAACAUUACCAGCUGAAGGAGGAAGCUUCCAGGUUCACAUCAGAAGAAGCCCCUCAAGGAGUUCGAGAGGGUGGCCAGGUCAAGGCCAUCCACUACCGCGACGAGGAGGCGAUCUACGUCAAGGCCAGCCAUGAUCGCGUCACUGUCAUCUUCAGCACCGUCUUCCGCGAGGAGACGGAUAGAGUAUUUGGGAAGGUCUUCAUCCAGGAGUUCGUGGAUGCGCGGAGAAGAGCUAUCCAGAACGCUCCGCAAGUACUCUUCAAGAACGACCCGCCACUCGAGCUGCAAGGCGUCCCAGGAGUCAAGAGCACUGGCACCGGCGAAAUCGGAUACGUCACGUUUGUUCUCUUUCCGCGUCACUUGACACCCCAGCGCAUGCCCAUUGUCAUCUCUCACAUCCAGACCUUCCGUGACUACUUCCACUACCACAUCAAGGCGUCCAAGGCGUACAUCCAUUCUCGUAUGCGCAAGCGAACUGCAGAUUUCCUCCAAGUUCUGCGCCGAGCUCGUCCGGAGAACGAGGAGCGCGAGAGAAAGACGGCAAGCGGCAGGUCAUUCAAAGUGCAAUAA